UAGUUCUACCACAAAAAGAAGGUAGAAAAAAUGAUAGGCACUAAAAUAGUGGCGAUUCUAGCAUUGUUGGCUGCGACCAAGGCACAACAGAGUUCCAUCGAUACUAUUCUAAUACGCAACGACGAAUAUCUCAAUUCCCACAGACGUCAAUAUGCUCUCAAUAUUUGGUAUUAUGAUGUACAAAUGGAACAAUUUAGAGAAUCCUAUGUGAAACGAGUCGAUGAUAUGGAAUAUCAAAAAGAUGCUCUUCUAAAUGAACUCAAGAAUCGUGAUGAAAAUUUAUAUUCUUUAACACUUUUGAGUGACUUUAGCAAAACUUGUGUGGAAAAAUACAAGCCGUCGAUGCCGGUGGCAGCUGAUGUUAAAAAUCAAGUGGAUCGUUGCACUGACACUGCCCAUUAUAAAACCGAUAAUCUUAUAUAUACCAUGGAAGUGACAAACAAAACAUUACAGAAUCAUUACGAUAAUGUAUUUGAAAAGGAAGUCAGCCGAUGUCAGAGCAAUUAUGGGACAACCAAAACAGCUAAUUACACUUUGUGUCUGGCCAAUGCUGUAUCCGUCACAAAUGCCUUUACCCAAAGUAGCCAACAACAAUUUUCGAAUCAACUUAAAAAUGCCUAUAAUACAGGAAGACUCGAAAUAAAGACUCUUCAUGAAUGCGUUUUUGUGGUACACAAUAAUACUUUGACGAAAAUGUCGCAAGCCAAUACCCAUAUUGAUAGAUGCAUCCUUGGCAUGGAUGAUUGUGCGCAAUGCAGCAAACACUUCUGCCGUAAUGUCUAUAACAUGGCUGCAUCAAGCAUUGAUCCCAAUAGCCCUACUAUGUAUAAUCCAUUCCAGGGUCAAAGUGAAACUGGCGAAUGUUUAAUGCUGAAUAUAUACUAA